AUGCGUUUCUCCUGGGAUCUUGUCGCCGCCGCGCUUCUGUUCGUCGGAACUAAUGCGGCCAAUAUUCGUCGUCAGGACGAGUACGUCGGCGACUUCCGCAUCUGGAGCGAGCAAGUCUGUGCUGGCAGCGGCAAUCGGGGCAUCUGGGCCAUCACCAAAGGCUUAACGGAGACAUGCCAGCCUUCAUUCAAGGCACCAGACAAUAUCGUCAAGGCCGUGGAACUGAACUACAUGGUUGAGGGUUGUAGCUUGACUGUGUAUUCUUCGAAUGAUUGCGGAGAAGGGGCCCGCGAGGUCAAGAUUGGAGCGUGCGAGGAGACCUCUGAUAUUGAGGACAACUUCUUGAGCUUCAAGGUUACGUGCUCGGCCUAA